GGAAUCUUGCCUUUUUUUUGAGGAUGUAGCCGUGGCAAUGUUCCAUGGGAAAGAGCCCAAAGAUGAUCAGGCAAGCACAUCUGAGGUUGCAUCCCUAAGGGAUGCUGUUGCAAAGCUCGAGCGCGGCAGGCAGCGUGCUGAGCAGAUGGCCAGAGAGCGAGCUGAACGAGCAGCAGAGAUGCAGCAGGAGAUUGCGCGCCUGCAAGCUGAGAAUAAACGGCUCGGAGCAAGAGUGCGGGGGGAAGCAUUUGGUUUGGAACAAGCUGCCCGCAACGGUCACAACGACAGUCUGGUUGACCGCCUUGUUGAAGAGAACAGGCAGCUCCUUGCAGACAAAGAGCGGUUGCUCCUGGAAAUCUCCAGACUCGCUCGGGACAACCAACGACUCCUGAAGGCACAUGAACGAAGAGACCCGGAACUGCAUGAAGUGCGCGGGAGUCACUUCAAGAUAGAACAGACGGAGGACCUUCCCGGAAGUGUGCCACGAGCAGAAGAAAUGAUGCAAGGGGCAAAGCGCCCGAGUGUCCGGUUUGGUGUUCCGGAGGUUGGGAGACCGCUGUCCCCCGUCCUGUCUGAACAUGCGGUGCCGGACAGCUCGCGGCUGGACGAAGCGAGGCAUUUGCUUUCGAACAUGCGAGGUGCCAGGGAAUCCCAGAAGCCUUUGAAUCAGAAGGCUGAUGUGAGACAGAGCCUAUCCCACAUUACUGCGGCAUCCCUCGCAGCCGGGGUCACCCAUGGUCACGGUCAACAUAUCGGUCAUGCCAAUGUUGCAGUCAAAGAUAGUUUUGGGAAAGCUGGAUCGGCAAGAACGCACGAGGUGUGGCCAGAAACUUCUGGCUCUGAGAGCGCAGGAAGUGCGUACUAUUUGAAUUUGGAGAGCGGUAUUUUUGACAGAGAUAGACAAAGCCCUGGCACAAUGGAACGUGGAAGCCCUGGCACAGACAGUUCUGCUUAUCCUCCAGCCUGGAGUGAGGGACCAGGCACUCCAAGUGAAUCGGAUAGGAGUGCUUCAACCGGAGCCCUGUCCCUGUCUCACAAGCGGUGUCGGACGCAUCCAGGUCAUCAGGAGGCAGAUCGAGGAAGAAAAAUGGUGGACCACCCCGUAGAACGCCAAGAGCCCGGUUCACGGAAAGUUCGAGGCCGUGUAGCUACAGAGUCGCUACCACCUGAAUACUUUAAGUCCCGUGGAAAGGGUGCUCGAGAUGGUCCGCUGGAUGCCCUGAGCCUCUUCGCGCCACAGCCAGUGACCCCGCGGCAGCGUCGUCUUUCUACACCGACACUAUCAACUCUGGAGCAGGUUGCGAGGGAGCCCACCCUGCCGCAGGAGAGUGAAAAUAUCAUAGAGGCAUUUUUUGUCAUAGACAUGCAUGAAGGUCAGCAAGACACGCCUCCACGACAUUCAGUCAGACCGGACAGACCGGCAGGAAACAGGAGAAAGACUCGGUUGGCAUCGCUGAUUCCAGGUUUAGAGAAAAGCAGAUCACGGACAUGUUGGCCAGAUGAAAUGCAAGGGAGCGAACUGGAACAACUCUUGGUGGAACGAGGCUUCUGCCCAGGUCCUACGGACUACCGAUUCAACGGCAACGCCUUUGUUUUCUCUCUGCAGGCUACAGCUCUGAAUCCGAAAGCUCAUCCCGAUGAUCCUGUGCCCUUCUGCAUAGUGUGCAGUGAAGAUAUGAAGAUGUCUGCCUUGCCCGCAGACCACCGCAAGUUUCUGGGAGAGAUGGAUGAGGAGGAGCAGGAAGUUACCCGACAGGAUGACUGUGAUGACAUGAUGCAACACAUACCAGAUGGAGGGGUGCUUUGCUUGGUUUCCAAGAUUCCCUUCUUUGACUUCAGCUUCACCUUGCUGGAUCUCCUCCGUAGGAACCUGGCCAAGGCUCCAGCCAUCCUGGAGCGGAUCAACAGAGCUGGCAUGGCAAAGCUGGCACGUGGAGUGGAGGUUUCAGAUCUUUUGGGCUCGCCCAGAGUUCUAGGUCUGAGGGCGAUGACUCAAAGGAUGCCCCGGGAGCUCUUGUCCAAGGGAUGCGAUUGGUCCCAGCUGGGUAACCUCACUCGCCAUGAGAGUUCGAGUCCGUUGGCGCAUACAUUGGCAAGGUGGCAAGGCUGGUGGGGCCUCUUGACACUCCUGAUGAGAUGGGGAGACAGGCUAUUGGAGGAGGUAAUAUUGAAACUGCUGCCUUGCGUUCUGUUGGAGCAACAGGUGGUUCUUUUUGGUGAUGCCCAGCGAACCUGUGUGGUCGCCUUUUUGCUAAGGGGCAUGUUGUGGCCGUUCAAGUGGCAACAUCUCUUUGUUUGCGCUCCAUGGCCACCGGAGGAAUUGCAAAACGUGCCUCUGGUGGAAGCUCCGUUUCCAUUUAUUUUUGCCUUUGGAGAGACAGCUAUGCUCCAACACUUCUGGGGUUACCAAAAUAUGUACGACCUCCCCGAGAAUAUUGUGGCAUGUUUGCUUCGGGAUCGAUGGGUCGUUAUCAAUGAAAAGUUGAAGACUUCUGGUGGACUGACAGGCAAGACGUUGAAGUUCCCUCCCUUUGUCCAUUCUGAGCUCCGGAGCCAGAUCAAAGAGGCAAGAAGUGCCCUGCGGAACCAGCACGGAUUGCUUGAAAUCGUGCAAAAGGUGCAAGACGCAAUUGAAGCAGCAAUGGGAAAGCUUGCCAACAUCGUCAACAGAUAUGCACAAAGUCAAGUGGAGGCAGAGGCAGCCAGAUCGAAGGCCAAGGAUGUAGACGAUCUCUAUGAGAGAAGCUGCCAGCGAGCAGAAAACGAAGAGAGGUUCUUGGCCUGGUUGCACAAAGAGCCAGCCUUUGGCAGUGUGGAGCAGGCAGAUUUUCUUUCAGUUCUUCUGUUUGGUAGCUAUGGAUGGAAGCUUAUGAGAGAGGCCAAGCAGGCAUGGCUUGCAGCAUUUGGUUGGAAGGAGAUUCAUUCUCAAGCAGAUGCGUGGGUGCUGCGCAACUGCUGAGAUGGCUCAGCGAAUGCUAUCCGGCGCUCUUAGCUGUACAGCUAGGUUUGCAGAUGCUGUACAAGGAUGUACAUUGCAUCUUCCUCCUGGUCCUGACAUGUCACAACUCUGC